GCUGUAUUGUUUUAGAUGCCAUUGAGGUCAGAAAAAUUAUAGAAAGUCGCAAUGAAACAAUAUUAAAUCAAGAUAUAUAUGAAGACCUCAAACCGAGCGAUCCAAUUAUUGUUAUUUUGGUAGACAGAGAUGUAACUUACCUCAAAUAUUUAAUAAUGUCUUUGGAGCAUGUAAGAGGAAUUCAGGACGCUUUGGUCAUCUUCUCGCACUCUUACUACGAUGUUAAUGUCAACCAACUAAUUGAAAAAAUUGAUUUCUGCCGUGUGCUGCAAAUAUUUUAUCCUUAUUCAGUGCAAGCCUUUCCAAAUGAAUUUCCUGGUUUAUCUUCCAAUGACUGUCCCCAGUUUAUGAAUAUCAGAGAUGCCGAAAAACUGAACUGUAUUGGUGCGUUGACACCAGAUAUCCAUGGUCACUAUCGUAAUCCCGCACAUUCGGAGAAAAAGCACCACUGGUGGUGGACAGCCAACAGAGUAUUCGACAAUCUCACUUCUGCCGAAAAUCACGAAGGACUAGUAAUAUUUUUAGAAGAUGAAGUGUACUUAUUGGAAGAUUUUCUGUACAUGGCACUAUACAUGGACAAGGCAGCCCGAAAACAAAAUCACUGCGAGUUUGUUUGCUUAGGGUUUGACUCAGGAGCCCGACUCACAGGCGACAACAUGUAUGAGGCUAUGAUUACAACUUGGGACUCAAAGCACUACUCACCGGCAUUAGCGUUUGAUAUAAUUACAUGGAACAGUAUAGUGUCUCACUACGAUCUGUUUUGUGGUAUCGAUGAUUAUUCUUGGUUGCGAUCAUUGUUUUACUUGUCUGUAUCUCGGAGAGAUGCUGGUAUGUUCCGAGUUAUAUCUAGCCUUGUGCCAAGGGCCGUGAAACUUACUUUCAACGGAAUGUUUCGGAGUGUUACAGACUACUUUAUUUUGGAGAAAAUAUUUGGAAUACUUGAUGCUCAAAAAUCGUGUGUUGACGAGUUAUUUCCACCUUACCUUGAAAUAUUCACAGAUAUAGAAAUGGAACAAGAUGAACCAAUUUUCGAUUUUGCUGAAAGCAAGGGUGGUUGGAGUGAUCCAAGAGACAAGGGAUUUUGUUUGAAUAUGACUAUGCACAAAAUAAGAAGAGUUUUAAUGGAUACUGAAAUUGUAUUUCAAUAGUAUUAACAAAAUUAUGUUCAGUAUUUUGGUUAGUGUUUGACAAAUUUACUGUUUUAUUUAUAA